AUGUCUAUGUCUAUGUCUACGUCUAUGUCUACGUCCAUGUCUAUGUCUAUGUCUGUCUACGUCUACGUCUAUGUCUAUGUCUACGUCUAUGUCUAUGUCUACGUCCAUGUGUAUGUCUACAUCCAUGUCUAUGUCUAUGUCUACGUCCAUGUUUAUGUCUACGUCCACGUUUAUGUCUACGUCCAUGUCUAUGUCUACGUCCAUGUCUAUGUCUACGUCCAUGUCCAUGUCCAUGUCCAUGUCCAUGUCCAUGUCCAUGUCCAUGUCCAUGUCCAUGUCCAUGUCUAUGUCUAUGUCUACGUCUACGUCUAUGUCUACGUCUAUGUCUAUGUCUACGUCCAUGUCUAUGUCUAUGUCUACGUCUAUGUCUACAUCUAUGUCUAUGUCUACGUCCAUGUCUAUGUCUACGUCCAUGUCUACGUCUAUGUCCAUGUAUGUGUCCAUGUCUACGUCUACGUCUACGUCUAUGUCUAUGUCUACGUCCAUGUCUAUGUCUAUGUCUACGUCUACGUCUAUGUCUACAUCUAUGUCUAUGUCUACGUCCAUGUCUAUGUCUAUGUCCAUGUCUACGUCUAUGUCUAUGUCUACGUCCAUGUCUACGUCUAUGUCUACGUCUGUCAGUAUAUUUGUUAUCUGCACAUUUCAAGUAUGUACUUCUAUGUUCUAUUAGUCGGCACUCAGUGUUAA